GGAAGUUCUUCUGGAGAGCUGUGAUGUUCUGGAGGUGUGAAUUUCUGUUUUCACACAUUUCAUUAGAACACCUUGCCUCAGCGAGCCGAUUGUCCAUCCCGCGGGGGCUGUGAGGCGCUAUGGGCGCUCCUCUGAGCCUGUAUCACUGCUGAGCCUUGCGGUGACGCCCUCAUUUUAAGUUUGCUUAUCGUUGCAUGUCACAUAUUUUUAAGAAUGUCGCGCACCAGGUAGCCUUUUUCGACCUUCUCUUUUCGCACAUGAUGCUGCUACGCGCUGUGAAUACACGCUGCUCGGUGUGAGCGCUAGCGCAGCCGCAGCUGCAGAGGAAAGGCUGUGUCAGUCAUUGGGACUCAAUAAAUCAAAUCAAAUUCAGGCGGUUGAAGACUCAAUAAUGAGUCUUCAACCGUGUUUCCCCAUGUGGAGGAAUGUUUGAGUGAUUGAGUGAGUGAGAGAGAAUGGGAGAGAGUGAGUGAGUUCCAUGGCUCAAAUAUUAAUAACGGAUUUCCUGAUACUGAUGCUGCUGCUUUGGGAGAAGCCCAAAUUCGGGAGGCAGCAGUCGGGCUCAGUUGUCUGGGGACAGGCACCCUGCUGCUGCUGUGUUUAGGACUAGGAAUCUCUGCCUGCGGAACCGUCCGAUAGAGGAGGAGAUGACAGAGCAGGAGCCUCUGGGUUGGACAGAGGAGCCUGUACCUGAGGUAGGAGGAGAAGGAGAGGGAGAGUUACCGGGCUCAGGAACCCCUACCCCCAGAGACCUGAUGGAGAGCUCGGUGAAGGAGCCUGUUGCACUGCAUCUGUACCCCACCACAGAGUAUGGGGAUCAGUAUGGGGACAAGAUGCCGUUCCACCAUGUGACGGCAGGACUGCUGUACAAGGGGAACUACCUGAGUCACUCUCUGUCUGAUGACAACGACAGUGACCAGCUGGCCAGCAUCUCUGUGGAGGAGCUAGAUGAGAUCCGGGAGGCAUUCAGAGUGCUGGACCGGGAUGGGAAUGGGUUCAUCUCCAAGCAGGAGCUGGGCAUGGCCAUGAGGUCCCUGGGAUACAUGCCCAGUGAGGUGGAGCUGGCCAUCAUCAUGCAGAGACUAGACAUGGAUGGAGAUGGGCAGGUGGACUUCGAUGAGUUCAUGACGAUCCUAGGACCCAAGCUCCUGUCGUCUGAAACCAGGGAGGGCUUCCUUGGGAGCACGAUAGACAGCAUAUUCUGGCAGUUUGACAUGCAGCGUAUCACCCUUGAAGAGCUGAAACACAUUCUGUUCCACGCCUUCAGAGACCACCUGACCAUGAAGGACAUCGAGAACAUCAUCAUCAACGAGGAGGAGAGCCUCAACGAGAACUCGGGACACUGUCAGGCAGACUUUGAAGGAAUCCAUUCUAAAAAUAAGAACCGGCAGACGUGCGUGAGGAAGAGUCUGAUCUGCGCUUUCGCCAUGGCCUUCAUCAUCAGUGUCAUGCUCAUCGCAGCCAAUCAAAUGCUGCGGAACGGCCUGGAGUAGCCACACCCGGCCACGCCCACUGUGAGCGGGAAAAACAAACCUGCAUGUGCAUGAUGACAGUGGGUGAGGUCAUUUCCAAGAAAAAAACAACUUAAAAAAUGCCUCACUGAUGGUGACAUACAAACAAAAAACACUGACUGAUAAACCACCAGAUUUUUCUGGGUGAAUGACAGUCCGACAUCCAACGACACUGAGAAGCCAGCAUGAGGAGUCCAGCGAGACCCCUCAUAACCCCUUUACUCUGGCAGGGACAUUCAAGGGCUGACUUUCGCUUACUCUGCUGUCUCUGUUCCCUAAUGCAAUAAAAACACAAGUACAGGAGUUCAGUACUCUUCUUCUCUUCCCUUCCCUACCCAGAGUCUUCAUAUGAAGGUACUUCAGAAGGCAAUUUUAACUUCUUGCCUCAGAAGGCAGAAUUCAUGGUGGAUUGAGACAGGCCCUCAGUGUAUCUGUAUAAGGCAGCAUCCUUGUGGAUUGAGACAUAUCCUCAAUUGUAUCUGUGUGAGAAAGAUUGGAGUUAUGCCUCCUGCACUGCAGCCUGAUGAGCCUGAGGAGCUACAGGAUGCACCGCUGCAAUCUGGCAACGCACACACGCACUUAUGCAUGCACUAACACACACGCACGCACGCACGCACGCACGCACGCACACACACACACACACACACACACACACACACACACACACACACACACACACACACACACACACACACACACACACACACUGAAAUAAUUGGCCUGUUAUUCUAGUUUCCUGAGGGGAGGUGGAAGCCAGCUCAUCAUUGGAGCAUACAGUAAGGCUUUGGAUGCGACAGGAAUGAUGGUGUCGUCUGCUGUAGGGCUGGUGUUUAAGCUGUUCUAGAAGCUUUCAUCCGGAGUUCAGGAGUGAAAUCGGUUGGUAUUCUUGUGGCCAAUAUUUUCCCAAUAUGUAAAAUUGAAAAAUACCUCACGCUUACUUUCUCUGUGGAAGGUUCUCCAGUGCUAAACAGAACAGUGUUUGGAAGACCAUAGCUGUGAAAAGUCUGGGCUGUAAUGUACCUAUGAUCUAAUUCCUCUUGAGGUAGGUAGGUCUGAACUCCUGUAUUGUAUUGACUCUCAUGGUAAUAUUGAAACCACCUUCAGUUUUGCUGAGAGGACUGCUUGUAAUAGCUACAGUACUGCAUGUGAUCAAGUCCAACGUCGAUAUGUAAAUAUGUAUGUAACCCAUGUUGUUGUUGUCUAAGUGUAUUGGUUGACGGUGUUCUAUGUGCAUGAUUGUUGGUACAGUCUGCUCUAGCAGAUUUAGAGGUGGAGGGAAGGAGAGAGCACUGUGAAACCAGAUGCUAAUGCCUUCCACGUCACAAUACACAGGCAGGUAGACAGACAGAGACACAGCUCUCUGGCCAAAGCCAUAGAACUCAAUAGAGAUGUACUGAAUGAAGAACACUAAACGAGUGUUGUUUUCUGUUACAAAUGUGUAUUUUUGGUAGAAACAGUCCAUAAUUUGUGGGUUCCUUCACCCACCCUUUUGCACUGUAUAAUAAUUUCCAUCUAUCCCCAUGAGCAGAGAGGAGAGUAGAAUCAUAGACUGGUCCAAGAGCCCCAUCUAGAGGUUGGCUCCAGAAUUCAGAUAUUUUUUGUAACAAUUUAUGUGCUCUCCUAGCUCUGGUCCAGGGUGUUACCCUGGUCCAGGGUGUUAAACCCUUUUUAAUUUUUUUUUAAAUUUCAGCUUUAUUUAACCAGGUAGGCCAGGUGAGAAUAAGUUCUCAUUUACAACUGCGACCUGGCCAAGAUAAAACAAAGCAGUGCAACACAAACAACAAGACAGAGUUACACAUGGAAUAAACAAGCGUACAGUCAAUAACACAAUAGAAAAAAAGAAAGUCUAUAUACAGUGUGUUUAUGAGGUAAGGCAAUAAAUAGGCCAUAAUAGCGAAGUAAUUACAAUUUUGCAAAUUAACACUGGAGUAAUAGAUGUGCAGAUGAUGAUGUGCAAGUAGAAAUACUGGUGUGCAAAAGAUCAGAAAAGUAAAUAAAAACAAUAUGGGGAUGAGGUAGGUAGAUUGGAUGGGCUAUUUACAGAUGGGCUAUGUACAGCUGCAGAGAUCGGUUAGCUGCUCAGAUAGCUGAUGUUUAAAGUUAGUGAGGGAUAUAUAGAGCCUAAUAUACCCUGAGCCUAGAGUUAGCAGGCCGCACUAACGCCAUGGACCAGAGCUAGUGCUCCGCCAACAUGGUGUCGCUCUGCAUGCUGUAGUGCUGUCAUUUAUUACACGAAAAUUAUGCGGAAAUGUCAGCUGAAUUAUCCAUCCCUUGUAUUCAGAUGUAUAAUCAUCAGAACAUGAAACGUUGAAGUAUAAUAUUAUGAUUAUUAUCUGUCUUAUCUGUAUAGAAAGAUUUAUGAAAUGGUGAAUGUUCUACCAAAAUAAUUGUUAGUUUGAUUAACUGCAAUGUUUGUAGAACAUACCGUUGAAGUCGGAAGUUCAUUUCAACCACCCUACAAAUUUCUUGUUAACAAACUAUAGUUUUGGCAAGUCAGUGUGCAUGACAAGUCAUUUUUCCAAAAAUUGUUUACAGACAGAUUAUUUCACUUAUAAUUCACUGUGUCAUAAUUCCAGUGGGUCAGAAGUUUACAUACACUAAGUUGACUGUGCCUUUAAAUAGCUUGGAAAAUUCCAGAAAAUGUUGUCAUGGCUUUAAAAGCUUCUGAUAGGCUAAUUAACAUAAUUUGAGUCAAUUGGAGGUGUACCUGUGGAUGUAUAUCAAUGUCUACCUUCAAACUCAGUGCCUCUUUGCUUGACAUCAUGGGAAAAUCAAAAUAAAUCAGCAAAACCUCAGAAUAAAUUGUAGCCCUCCACGAGUCUGGUUCAUCCUUGGGAGCAAUUUCCAAACUCCUGAAGGUACCACGUUCAUCUGUACAAACAACAGUACGCAAGUAUAAACACCAUGGGACCGCGCAGCCUUCAUACCACUGAGGAAGGAGACGUGUUCUGUCUCCUACAGAUGAAUGUACUUUAGUAUGAAAGUACAAAUCAAUCCCUGAACAACAGCAAAGGACCUUGUGAAGAUGCUAGAGGAAACAGGUACAAAAGUAUCUAUAUCCACAGUAAAACGAGUCCUAUAUUGACAUAACCAGAAAGGCCGCUCAGCAAGGAAGAAGCCACUGCUCCAAAACCGCCAAAAAAGCCAGACUACGGUUUGCAAUUGCACAUGGGGACAAAGAUCGUACUUUUUGGAGAAAUGUCCUCCUCUGGUCUGAUGAAACAAAAAUAGAACUGUUUGGCCUUAAUGACCAUCGUUAUGUUUAGAGGAAAAAGGCGGAGGCUAGCAAGCCGAAGAACACCAUCCCAACCGUGAAGCACGGGGGUGGCAGCAUCAUGUUGUGGGGGUGCUUUGCUGCAGGAGGGACUGGUGCACUUCACAAAAUAGAUGGCAUUAUGAGGGAGGAAAAUUAUGUGGAUAUAUUGAAGCAACAUCUCAAGACAUCAGUCAGGAAGUUAAAGCUUGGUCGCAAAUGGGUCUUCCAAAUGGACAAUGACCCCAAGCAUACUUCCAAAGUUGUGACAAAAUGGCUUAAGGACAACAAAGUCAAGGUAUUGGAGUGGCCGUCACAAAUCCCUGACCUCAAUCCUAUAGAAAAUCUGUGGGCUGAAAAACUGAAAAAGCGUGUGCGAGCAAGGAGGCCUACAAACCUGACUCAGUUACACCAUCUCUGUCAGGAGGAAUGGGCCUAAAUAACUUAUUGUGGGAAGCUUGUGGAAGGCUACCCGUAACGUUUGACCAAAGUUAAACAAUUUAAAGGCAAUGCUACCAAAUACUAAUUGAGAGUAUGAGAACUUCUGACCCACUGGGAAUGUGAUGAAAGAAAAAAAAGCUGAAAUAAAUCAUUCUCUCAACUAUUGUUCUGACAUUUCACAUUUAAAAAAAAAAGUGUUGAUCCUAACUGACCUAAGACAGGGAAUUUUUAAUUUGAUUAAUUGUCAGUAAUUGUGAAAAACUGAGUUUAAAUGUAAUUCGCUGAGUUGUAUGUCAACUUCCGACUUCAACUGUACAUAGCAGUCUAUUUAUUGGAAUUAUGUAUGUCUUUCCCAUGGCAGAAAAUCUCCUUUCUAAUCACAUUGAAGAGGUUUGCAUUUAAGUAUGAUCAAUGAAUGUCCCCGUUCAUUUUAACAUCAUGCUUGGAUGGAUGGCUCCUCUGUGAAGUUUUCAUAUUUGUUUUAUGAUGUCAAAGUAAAAGCACUGAUUUGUGUGCAAUAUCAUCUUGCAGAUACUGUAGGCCACACUGGAUUUAAUAUUGUUGAGACCACCAAUUUAAGCCUAAUAGAUGGCAAAUUCUCUCCUCAUUCAUUAUAUAAUGUAUUCUGUCAAACUGGAGCUUGUUCCUUAUUUCGCUGUUUUGAGCCGUCACCCUUGUCCGCUUCAUUAAUGGUACCCUAAUACAUAUGUAGCGCACUACUAUUGACUAGGGCCCGUGGGGCUCUGGUCAAAGUAUUGCACUAUAGAGGGAAUAGUGAGUCAUUUGGGACACAGCACUGCCCUAACCCCACGAUACACUGUAAUACCAGGGUAUCGUCAGAGCCUUAUGUUUGUGAAGAAAUAAAUACAUAGUAGCCCACACAAAAGGCUCUAGCCUGGGUAUAUUAUACAGGUGAUGGAGCUGUACCUGCCCUCACAGAAUCAAUGCAUUUCUUAAUAAUUAAAACUGAUGGUGAAUUAGGCUGGACAGCUAACACAGUCUCACUUCAGUAGCAUGGUGGUUGAAUUGCCUUCGGAAAGCAUUCAGACCCCUUGACCUUUGCCACAUUUUGUUAUGUUACAGCCUUAUUCUAAAAUUGAUUAAAUCGUUUUUUCCCGUUAUCAAUCUACACAUAAUACCCCAUAAUGACAAAGAAAAAAAAUGUUUUUUAGACAUUUUUGCACAUUUAUUAAAAAUAUAAAAACAAUAUCACAUUUACAUAAGUAUUCAGACCCUUUACUCAGUACUUUGUUAAAGCACCUUUGGCAGCGAUUACAGCUUCGAUUCUUCUUGGGUAUGACGCUACAAGCUUGGCACACCUGUAUUUGGGGAGUUUCUCCCCUUCUUCUCUGCACUUCUUCUCAAGCUCUGUCAGGUUGGAUGGGGAGCGUUGCUGCACAGCUAUUUUCAGGUCUCUCCAGAGAUGUUUGAUCGGGUUCAAGUCCGGGCUCUGGCUGGGCCACUCAAGGACAUUCAGAGAGCUUGUCCCAAAGCCACUCCCACUUUGUCUUGGCUGUGUGCUUAGGGUCGUUGUCCUGUUGGAAGGUGAACCUUCACCCCAGUCUGAGGUCCUGAGUGCUCUGGAGAAGGUUUUCAUUAAGGAUCUCUCUGUACUUUGCUCAGUUAAUCUUUGCCAUGAUCCCGACUAGGCUCCCAGUUCCUGCCGCUGAAAAACAUCCCCACAGCAUGAUGCUGCCACCACCAUGCUUCACCGUAGGGAUGGUGUCAGGUUUCCUCCAGAUAUGAUGCCUGGCAUUCAGGCCAAAGAGUUCAAUCUUGGUUUCAUCAGACCAGAUAAUCUUGUUUCUCAUGGUCUGAGUCCUUUAGGUGCCUUUUGGCAAACUCCAAGCGGGAUGUCAUGUGCCUUUUAUGGAGGAGUGGCUUCCGUCUGGCCACUCUACCAUAAAGGCCUGAUUAGUGGAGUGCUGCAGAGAUGGUUGUCCUUCUGGAAGGUUCUCCUAUCUCCACAGGGGAGCUCUAGAGCUCUGUCAGAGUGACCAUCAGGUUCUUGUUCACCUCCCGGACCAAGGUCUUCUCCCUUGAUUUCUCAGUUUGACCGGGCGGACAGCUCUAGGAAGAGUCUUGGUGGUUCCAAACUUCUUCCAUUUAAGAAUGAUGGAGGCCACAGUGUCCUUGGGGACCUUCAAUGCUGCAGACAUUUUUUGGUACCCUUCACCAGAUCUGUGCCUCGACACAAUCCUGUCUUGGAGCUCUACAGACAAUUCCUUCGACAUCCAGGCUUGUUUUUUUUCUCUGACAUGCACUGUCAACUGUGGGACCUUAUAUCGACGGGUGUGCGCCUUUCCAAAUCACAUCCAAUCAAUUGAAUUUACCACAGGUAGACUCCAAUCAAGUUGUAGAAACAUCUCAAGGAUGAUCAAUGAAAACAGGGAUGCACCUGAUCUCAAUUUCAAGUCUCAUAGCAAAUGGUCUGAAUACUUAUGAAAUAAGAUAUUUCGGUUUUUAUUUUUAAUACAUUUGCAAACAUUUCUAAAAACCUGUUUUCACUUUAUCAUUAUGGGCUAAUGUGUUUAGAUUGAUAAGGAUUUGUAUUUAUUUAAUCAAUUUUAGAAUAAGGCUGUAACGUAACAAAAUUAGGAAAAAGUCAAGGGGUCUGAAUACUUUCCGAAGGCACUGUAUGUGCUGUAUGGACACUGUACAUAAAAUACAUAUAUAUAUACAGUACAUACACGUACACAUGUAAACUUUUCAAGCACACCAUUAAAACAUGUAUGGGUAGUUUCCCGGACACAGAUUAAGCCUUGUGUCACGCCCUGGCCUUAGUUAUCUUUGUUUUCUUUAUCAUUUUAGUUAGGUCAGGGUGUGACAUGGGGGAUGAAUGUGUUUUGUAUUGUCUAGGGGGUUUUGUAUGUUUAUGGGGCAGUGUCUAGUCUAGGUGUAUGUUUGUCUAUGGUUGCCUAGUUUGGUUCUCAAUUAGAGACAGCUGUCUAUCGUUGUCUCUGAUUGGGAGCCAUAUUUAGUCAGCCAUAGUCAUUAGGUAGUUUGUGGGUGAUUUCUAUGUCUAUGUGUGAGUUGCCUGUGUCUGCACUUGUCAUUAUAUAGCUUCACGUUCGUCGGUUUGUUGUUUUGUUUAGUUUGUAAGUGUUCUUCGUCUUCGUUGAUUAAAUAUGUGUUCAUUUCACGCUGCGCCUUGGUCCUCCUCUCUUUCACGUAACGACGAUCGUGACACCUUGUGCUGGACUAAAAAGCAAGAUUAAUGGAAAAUCUCCAUUGAAAGUGCUUUUUAGUCCAGAUUUAAGUUAAUAUUAAGAAUAGCCUGAAUAUUGUCUAUGUAAAUGUUAAAAUCUGUAAAAAUAAAAAUUAAAAAAGUAAAUGGAAAGCAUUUAUGCAAUAAAACAUCUCUUUUUUGGUAAA